ACAAAGAAGUAUCAGUUCUUCCUCCUCCUCUUUUGAGGUGAGCAAUGAUGGUUAUGACGAUGAUGAUGAUGAUGAUGAUGACUCCCGUGGAAAAUUCCUCCACUUAAUCUGAUAUGAUUUUGUUACGGAUAUGGAAGUGCUUCCCUGUUCCUCCCAGGCCAGUAUCAAGAGUCAUUUUGAGCCCUGGACUAUAUAAGACAGGUGCCCUCUCAAUCUGAAAAGCAUCAGCAUCCUUCACAACCUUUUGACUGCAAACCUACUGCAUCAACGAGACAGAAAAAAGAAGAGCAAAGCAAGAGAAACAACUGACUGAAACCAUGAUCUCCACAUUAAAGAAAACCAUUACCCCAGCAUGGGCUGUCAGAGGGCUACAUAAGUCUGCAGUGGAAGUCUUGAAGCGCCAGGACCCUGAGGACACAGUCACAGCCAGCUAUGGGAAGUUCAUCAGUGAAGUAAAGCCCCAGCACUUGUCCUCUGUGGUGCUCCACCGCAGCAAAAGGAUGGUGCUGGACAGCAUUGGAGUUGGUCUGAUUGGCAGCACAACAGAUGUGUUUGAACUGGCCCUGCAGCACUGCCAGCAUGUGUAUGCUCCUGAUGACAUCAGCUCUGUGUAUGGACGCAGGAGCACAAGGCUCUCCCCUACACUAGCAGCUUUCGUUAAUGGAGUGGCAACUCACUCCAUGGACUUUGAUGAUACAUGGCACCCUGCCACUCAUCCCUCAGGAGCAGUCCUUCCUGCUGUGUUAGCAAUCAGUGACAUGAUGCCUGCUAAAAGCAAACCUACUGGCCUCGACUUCUUGCUGGCAUUCAACGUUGGCAUUGAGAUCCAGGGCCGACUGAUGAGGUUCUCCAAUGAGGCCCACAACAUCCCCAAGAGGUUUCACCCUCCCAGUGUGGUGGGGACCAUGGGAAGUGCAGCUGCCUGUGCUCGCCUUUUGUCUCUGGAUCACACCCGGUGCAGUCAUGCUUUGGCUAUAGCUGCUUCUCUAUCUGGAGCCCCAAUGGCUAACGCUGCCACUCAGUCUAAACCCCUCCACAUUGGUAAUGCCUCACGUUUGGGGCUGGAGGCUGCUCUGCUGGCCUCCCGAGGCCUAGAGGCAAGUCCACUGGUCCUGGACGCUGUCGCUGGGGUGGCUGGCUUCAAUGCUUUUUAUGAAGACUAUGUGCCGCAGCCUUUAGACUCACCCAAUAAUGACGGCCAUAUGUUCCUGCUAGAGGAGCAGGACAUGGGGUUCAAGCGCUUCCCCGCCCAUCUGGGGAUGCACUGGGUGGCAGAUGCUGCAGCCUCGGUCCAUAAGCUUCUUGUGGGGUUUGGCCCUGGUACUGUCUCCCCAGCUCAAGUUCAGGACAUCCUGCUUAGAGUCCCCAAAUCAAAGUACAUCAAUAGGCCUUUCCCUGACUCUGAGCACGAGGCACGCCACUCCUUCCAGUUCAAUGCUUGCAGCGCUCUCCUGGAUGGUGAGGUGACUGUGCAGUCCUUCACACCCGCUGCCAUGCGGCGCCCUGACCUGCUCACUCUGCUGAGAUGUGUUCGCGUGGAACAUCCCAAGGACAACCCUGCUAAUUUCAACCGCAUGUAUGGCGAAGUCCAGGUGACACUUGUCGGGGGAGACAUUCUGAAGGGACGCUGUGACACUUUCUAUGGUCACUGGCGCAACCCGCUGACCAAUGAGAGCUUGAGGAAGAAGUUCAGAAACAACGCAGGGGCAGUACUUCCCACAGAGAAGGUUGAGAAGCUGAUUGAUGUGGUGGAGGAGCUGGACAGACUUGGGGACUGCAGGGCCCUUCUGUCACAGCUGCAGUGAACACUCAGACAUACACAAUAACAGCAAAACAGAAAUUAUUGUACAUAAAUACAUUAAGACAUUUUACCUAAAUAUUUACAGUAAAAUGUAUUUAAAAUGAUACAUUUGUCCAAAUCAGUGCUGGAGAAUAUCACUUAAAAACAGUUUGCCUAUUGCACUUGGUAAAGGUUUUUCAUGAAAAGCAGCUAUAGGCCACUACACUCUACACUACAAUUAUGUUUCCAUAUGUGUGUCUUUUACCAAUACUGACAAAUACUGAAAUAUCUGUUGAGCCAUGUCAGAACAUAUUUAUCUAAUGUAUUCUUCAGUGUAUUAUUCCAUUAUAUUUUAGAUUAUUAAUUAAUCAGUGAGUUGUAAAAUGUGAUCUAGUUACAUUGCAAAAAGUAAAUAAAGGAAGAUUUAUGUACUGAACAAUGUCAACAUUAUACAUAUACAUGUAGUAGUGCCAAGUACUGUACCAUGUUUUUUGUGCCAAAUAAUUGAUUGUUAAAAUGUUAAUUUAAACAAUGUACAUGCUUGAUGCUUGUAAAUAUGUAAAUGCAAUACUUUUU